GAGAAAAACUGGCUGCUUCUGGUUUCCAGACAUAAAUACAAAGCCGAGCCGGUCGGCCAGAGAACCCGAGAGGCACAAAGGAGAAGCGGAGCACUCUGAGGGGGAUUUUAUACAGAAGAAGACCAAGAGAGUCAGACUCAACCGAAGAAGAGCUUAGACGGCAUGCAAAGUUGUGAAAUUUCCUCAGACAGCACUGAUGAUCCUCUUAGUAGCGGCUUUCGCCCUCAUCGACAGCCUCGAAUAGUAGUAAUUGGUGCUGGCUUGGCUGGCCUUGCUGCAACAAGGGUCCUACUGAAAAACGGAUUCACGGAUGUCACCGUCCUAGAAGCAUCAGACCACGUCGGUGGGAGAGUUCAGAGUGUUAAGAACGGAGAAGCAACUUUGGAACUUGGAGCUACCUGGAUUCAUGGUGCCAAUGGGAACCCAGUGUACCACCUGGCAGAGGAAAAUGGGCUGCUGGAGCACACCACAGACGGAGAGAGGAGUGUGGGACGCAUCAGCCUGUACACCAAGAACGGCGUGGCUCACUAUCAGACCAAUGUGGGGAAAAGGAUCCCCAAAGACCUGGUGGAGGAAUUCAGUGACCUGUACAAUGAGGUAUAUGAGCUGACUCAGGAGUUCUUCCAGAAUGGGAAACCAGUUUGUGCUGAGAGCCAGAACAGCGUCGGCGUUUUUACUCGAGACUUGGUGCGCAGGAGGAUUAUGGUGGACCCUGAUGAUUCUGAAAGCACCAAGAAGCUCAAACUCUCCAUGCUUCAACAGUACCUCAAGGUGGAGAGCUGUGAGAGCAGCUCUCCCAGCAUGGAUGAGGUGUCUUUGAGUGAGUUUGGAGAGUGGACGGAGAUCCCUGGCGCACAUUAUGUAAUUCCUGAAGGCUUCAAGAAGAUUGUGGACCUCCUGGCCCAGGACAUCCCGUCUCACACCAUCUGCCUUUGCAAACCAGUCCGCUGCAUCCACUGGAAUUACUCAGCACAGCAUCGAGAAGUCAUCGGCAAGGGCAGCCAUGUCAAGAUGGAGGACAACCACAAUGACAAGAACCACAGCCACCAACGUAACAAGGAUCCCCUGAUCCUAGGUCAGCCCAUUUGGGUGGAGUGCGAGGAUGAGGAGUGGAUCCCAGCAGACCACGUCAUUGUGACGACUUCCCUCGGCGUGCUGAAGCAGAACCAUGAGGCCAUGUUCUCUCCGUCUCUUCCCGAAGACAAGGUGCUCGCCAUCGAGAAGCUGGGCAUCAGCACCACUGAUAAGAUUUUCCUAGAGUUUGAGGAGCCUUUCUGGAGCCCAGAGUGCAACAGCAUCCAGUUCGUGUGGGAGGAUGAAGCUCAGCUCGAACAGCUGGCCUACCCCGAAGAUUUGUGGUACAAGAAAAUCUGCAGCUUCGAUGUCCUCUACCCACCAGAGCGCUAUGGCUACAUGCUAAGUGGCUGGAUCUGCGGCCAAGAGGCACUGCACAUGGAGCGCUGCGAUGACGAGACGGUGGCUGAAACCUGCACCGAGCUGCUGAGGCGCUUCACAGGUCUCACCAUUCACAGCACCGUGUUUCUGUGUGAGGUGGGUUUUUAGUCAAAACAUACUUGCUGUAUUUUGUGAUGUAACCAGAGUAGCCAAAAAAUUUGACUCAAAACAGGAGUUUUAUUCAUAAUGAUAUUACUCAAGUUGAAGUAAAAAAUAUGAUGCAUUAAAAUGCUCAUAAAAAAAUGUGUUCAAAGCUACUUGAGUCACUACAUUUCAUAAAUGUAGCUAACUAAAUGUAACUAAAGAAAAAGUAACUAGUAACUACUUAUGUCUGGUUCUAGAGCUGUUUUCUUGCUAUAUUUCUUGCUUUACUUUGCGCACCAAAGUCUAAGAAUUAAAUACAUAGCACAUACACUUCAUUUUAGUGAUUAAACUGUUUUUCUUGUACUAAAGUUCUUCCCUUUUACUGAUCUGUAGCUUGACUACAGUUAAUGAUUCAGCACAAUGUCAUAGUGAGUCAUAUGCUGACAAACCCAGGAUAAUAAACAUGCAUGUACCUACACAUGCAGUCAUAUAAUAGAUGACCAGAAUCUAUGCCAUUGUCACAGUCUUAUUUCUUCAUCACCUAUCAGAGCUACAAACCUUGAGCCUCACUGCAGCUUCCUCUGUCAGCAUUGAUUUUAUUUAUCACUAUUGAUUUAAGAUCUUACACUUAAUCACCAUGCAUAUACCCUUUGUACAUUUGACCUGAGUCUGACCUGUCCUAAAACGCCACCUGUCUGAGUUUUAUUAUGUCAUGGAAAGCAAACUCUAUUUAAUUUGAGCAUUCAGUAGUAUGUUGACUUUUUCCCUUCA